AUGAAUUUUAUCAAAACAGCUAUUUGGGGGGUGGAUCCUAAAGAGCAGCAUAAGAAAUUGAAGGCAAUCCUUCGUAAGAAUCAGCGAGAAAUCGAUAAGUCAUUGCACACAUUGAAGGCGCUACAAAGUAAAACUCAAAAUCUGGUUAAAAAGUCCGCAAAAGCUAAUGAUAUCACAACAGUCCGCAUAUAUGCUAAAGAAUUGUACCAAAUAAACAGCCAAUACAACCGGAUGUACACUUCGAAAGCGCAAUUACAGUCGGUAGGUAUGAAAAUUGAAGAAGCUUUUCAGAUGAAUAGACUACAAGAUACUAUGGCACAAAGUACGGAGUUAAUGAUGGAGGUCAAUUCAUUACUUAGCGUACCGCAACUACGCAAUACAAUGAUUGAACUAGAGAGGGAACUAAUGAAAUCUGGCAUUAUUAGUGACAUGAUGGACGAAUCUAUGGAAACGCUUGAUAAUGAGAUAGAUGAUGAAGAAGUCAAUGAACAGGUGAACCAGAUAGUGGCACAAUAUACAAAUGAUAAAUUUAAUGUAAUUGACAACGUACCUACGACACAAUUAUCCCGGCAACCCUCUGAAGUGUCCGAGGAAAUUGUACCUGAAGAUAAAGUUGCGGAUGAAACUGAAAACAUGCUAAAAGAAAUGAGAGAAAGAUUGAAUGCCUUACAAAGCUAA